CUGCGAGAGUUCCUAAGUUAUUUUUACUAACACACUGAGUCGUUAGUAAUCCUAGUCAGUCUCGUAUUGGUCGUCCGGCAGUUCAGCUGUUUUCAUCGCACCAUUAUCACAAAAGUUGAGUGUAACGUGGCCGUCUUGCAGUUCCUUAUAUAAGUGUUAGAUCCCUCCGCUGUAACUCAUUUUUUGUGCUCUAUCAGCUCCAGUGGAAAUCAUGACCCAGCAGGGACCAGCUUUCGAUUCCAACUGCAUGACGCUAACCCGCUUCGUGCUGCAGGAACAGAAAAAAUACAAGCAUGCCACCGGUGAUCUGUCGCAGCUCUUGAACUGCAUCCAGACGGCCAUUAAGGCUAUCAGUUCGGCUGUGCGUAAGGCAGGGAUCGCUAAAUUGCAAGGAAUCUCCGGAGAUACGAAUGUUCAGGGUGAACAAGUCAAGAAGCUGGACGUGCUGUCGAAUGAGAUUUUCAUCAAUAUGCUCAAGUCAUCGUACGCAACGUGUGUCCUAGUUUCGGAAGAGAAUGAUAACAUAAUCGAAAUUGAAACUGAUAAAAGAGGAAAAUAUGUAGUCUCGUUCGAUCCCCUGGAUGGAUCCAGUAACAUCGAUUGUCUCGUGUCGAUUGGGUCUAUUUUUGGAAUUACCAAACAAAUCAAUGAAGGCGAAGCCCCAACCAUCGCGGAUACUCUCCAGCCGGGUAAUAAGCUAGUAGCCGCAGGCUAUGCACUUUAUGGUUCAGCAACGAUGAUCGUGAUCAGUUUGGGUGUCGGUGUGCACGGGUUUAUGUACGAUCCCUCAAUCGGCGAGUUCGUUCUAACGGACUAUAAUAUGCGGAUUCCGGAGCGGGGCAAUAUAUACUCGAUUAAUGAAGGAUAUUCCUCCACCUGGGACCCGUCGGUGUACAACUACGUACAAGAUAAAAAAGAUCCGGCCAAAGGCAAACCGUACGGAGCUCGCUACGUCGGUAGCAUGGUAGCCGAUGUGCACCGAACUAUCAAGUACGGUGGAAUUUUCAUAUAUCCCGCAACGGCGGCUGCCAAGAACGGAAAACUCCGUCUGCUGUAUGAAUGCAACCCGAUGGCUUUCAUCGUAACCAAAGCUGGAGGCAAAGCCAGCGCCGGCAAGGACAAGGAAAUCUUGGACGUCGUGCCUACCUCAAUACAUCAGCGCUGCCCAAUAUACCUCGGCUCGAAACUUGACGUUGAGGAAGCUUUAAGUUAUGUGAAAUGAAAAUCUCUGCUCGUUACGCUGAAAUUGUAUGUCUCUUUGUAAGUUCGUUUUGUCGUAAAUAUAGCAAGUUAAGAUCAAAAAAUUAUGCUUUGCAUUCGUGGAAUGCUGCACGAUUAA